UUCUUCUGGCAAGCCCGGACCCGAGGAGGCACCGUGUGCUGGGGCUCCUGCAGCAGCCCUGUUCCCAGGAGCAGCAGGAGGUAGGAGGUUGGGGACGGGCAGGUGGGAGAUGGAUCCUGGCAGGGACAGGAAUGAGGGGUGGCAGCCUGUCCUGGGCACGGCAGGGGACGGGGACCUUCCUGGUGCAGGCUGGGGCUGGCGUGGGGCCGUGGGGAAAGAUGGCGAGUGCUGGGAGCGCCCAUGCCCCUCAUGUCCUUCUCCUCCCUCGUCUCUCCUAGGAGCUGCUGGGAGAGGGAGAAGUCGCCCACCCAGAGCAGGUUCAUUCGCCAUGGAGGAGACCAACACAACAGGGCUCUAUCUGGACUACAUGAGUUUGGGAUAUGUGGACUAUGGGGAAAGUAUCGCAUAUGAAUGCUCACCAAUACCUUAUGGACUUAAGAUCUUUGGAGCUGUCUGUAUGGGGAUUUCUCUCUGUGGACUUGUGGGGAAUAUGUGGGUUGCAUGGUUCCUGGGCUUCCACAUGAAGAAGAGCUCCUUCACGGUUUAUGUCCUGAACCUGGCCAUCGCUGAUUUCUCUCUGCUCCUCUUUCUUCUUGCUAUACUUCUGUUACAUAUUAUUAUAGAAUUGCAUUGUAAUUCCUUAUGGAAAUUGCUUACUCAGAUAAUUUUUAUUAUGUCAAUUCUGUUUCUGUUCUGGUACUUUGCCAGCAUGUAUCUCCUGACGGCCAUCAGCAUUGAGCGGUGUCUGUCUGUUUUGUUCCCAAUCUGGUACCGGUGCCACCGCCCAAGGCACUUGUCAGGCAUCGUGUGCGGGGUGCUCUGGGCUCUUGACGGACUUUUGGUUUCUUUGCUUAUAAAUUCUUUUCUCACUUCUCUUGUAACACAUUUAAAACUAUUACGACAUAUAAGCAUUUGGAAUACUCUCAUUUUCUCUUUACUGCCACUAUUUUCCAACCUUUUCCUGCUCAUCAAACUCCGAUGUGGUUCAGAGAGACGACGCCCAGGGAGACUCUACGUUGCCAUCCUGCUCAGUGCCAUCUUCUUGUUCCUCUUUGGGUUUCCUCUCAGUUUGGUCAUUUUGCUUGAUAGUUCUUAUCAUGUUGACGUAAUCUACCUUGAUAUAUCUUCACUGUUGGCAUUGCUAAACAGCAGCGUCAACCCGUUCAUUUACUUUCUGGUGGGGAGCUGGCGGCAGUGCCGGUUCCAGCGCUCUGUCAAAGUCGCGUUCCGACGACUGUUUGAGGAGAGGGUGACAAGUGAGGAGGAGAACCAUGAGCCUGGGGACACUACGGCAGUGACCACUCUCUAAGGUCCGGCUGUCCAUGGUGCCUGGAGCUGUGGAUCCUGGCACACAGGCUGGGAUGGAGGCCCAGGGGCUGGUGGCACAGACCCAGCACAGCCCGGCUCAGCCGGGCCGGGUCCGUCCCCGGGCUGUGUUCCCAUUGCAAUGACCCUCAUUGCCCCGAACCCAGCGAAUAAACUCUGGUUCCUUUGGCUCAGCAGGUGACUUUUGUGGUGUUGUGGGGAUCUGUUUCCUGGGGAAGGUCUGACACGUUAGUCCCUGGGGGAGCUCUGGCCAUCUCUGUUGUCCAAGCAGGGCAGGGCUCUGCCAAAAGGACUGUAAAUAUGGGCAAGACAAGGGGUCCUGGUGGGUGAGGGGGGAUUAGUGGUGUAAAGAAGAAGAAAAGAAAUGAAAAAGAAAGAAAGAGAGAGAGAAUGGGAAAGCAAAAGAAAUAGAAAGAAAAGUGAGCUGUCUCCAUGGUGCAGAUGGAUGAGAUUUGGUGUGACAAGAAUCUUGCAGAUAAAAACCCAUUUGCAGCCCUGUGUAACCCACAGAAUCAAUCUCUAAUGAACACAUCUGGGGAGUUAUAUCUGAAGCAGUGGGUGAAGCCCUUCUGCUGCUGCAUGUCCACACACGGGCAGUUUCCCAGUGUGAAGGGUCUCCUGGUCCAGCACCAGGAAACCCCCAG